AUGGGUUUUAGUAGGAGUAUUGGCAUGACCAGCAGCUUUGCCGCUAAGCUAUGGGGUUUAAGGGAGGGUCUUCUUUUAUGCAGCAACCUUAACAUUAAUGCUUUUGAAGUUGAACUUGAUGCCAAGGCUAUUGUGGAUGCUUUGGAUAAUCCUUCUUAUGUGAAUAAUGUCAUAUCGCCUCUGUUGGAUGAUUGCAAACUUUUGAUUUCGCACAUUCCGCAGGUUUGUAUUCAUCAUUGCUUCCAGCAGGCAAAUAGGUGUGCGAAUAGUCUUGCUAGAUUAAGCUAUUGUCUAGAUGCUGAUUUUUCUACCUUUGAUAGUCCGCUUGUGGACCUUUUAGAUGUUUUUGAGGAUGACCUCAAUGGGGUGUUUUGUAAUAGAAUCUGUUUUGAUUGUAUUGUUGCUGCUUAG